GAGCAGCUGCUUUUUCUCACCCGGGGCUACAUAAACAACGACCAAGGCUCGACCGGGAAAGUAGCCCGAAAGCCCGAACGCAAACUGCUAGACGCGCUGUAACCAGGCUGUAACCCCGCUAAACAGACAUCACGAUCCAUCAUGAAUUUCUUCCUGGAAACGAUCAAAGUCCUCCUGCUGUCCAUCUGGUACAAUGUGGAAUCUUUCAUCCACAUCUUUGUGCCCACGAAGAAGAAGAACAUCGCUGGUGAGGUGGUGCUGAUCACGGGGUCAGGUAGCGGGAUCGGCCGCCUCAUGGCUCAGGAGUUUGCGGCUCGUGGCACUGUGCUGGUGUUGUGGGAUAUUAACCAGGACGGGAUGAAGGAAACUGCUAGACUGGCUAAGCAGAGCGGAGCCAGCAGAGUCCACUACUAUCUGUGUGACUGCAGCGACAAGAACGAGGUUUACAGAGUGGCUGACCAGGUAAAGCGAGAGGUGGGUGACGUCAGCAUUCUGGUCAACAAUGCUGGGAUCGUGACAGGAAAGAAGUUCAUGGAUGCCCCCGAUUCCCUGAUUGAGAAGACGGUGGAGGUCAACACCAUGGCUCACUUCUGGACCUACAAGGCCUUCCUUCCUGCCAUGAUUGCCAACAAUCACGGCCAUCUUGUCAGCAUUGCUAGUUCUGCUGGACUCAUAGGAGUCAAUGGAUUGGCAGACUACUGUGCCAGUAAGUUUGCAGCAGUAGGUUUCGCAGAGUCUGUGGGUCUGGAGCUGCUGGCAACUGGGAAAGAUGGUGUCAAGACCACCAUUGUGUGCCCGUACUUCAUCAACACUGGAAUGUUCAAUGGGUGUCAAACUAAGUGGCCAAGACUGCUGCCAAUCCUGGAUCCAGACUAUGUAGCCAAGAAGAUCAUCAAUGCUGUGCUCACAGACCAGGUCUUCCUGCUGAUGCCCAAGAGCAUGUACCUCAUCACUGCUCUCAAGAAUGUCCUCCCCAUGAAGCAGGGCAUUUUGCUGGGCCAGUACCUGGGAGCCUUCAACCUCAUGGACACAUUCAGGGGACGCUCCACAAAACAGGAGUAAAUGAAGAAAGAGAAGUUAAGGAUGAGUAAUAUGGAAGGAGACAUGCAAAUAUUAAAGCUGUCUACCUAUUGUGUAUUACUGUAAUAAGACAAAACAGUAGUCGUGAAGGUUGGACUUGAUUGCUCCUCUCAUUUCAAUGGUUCAUGUAUUCAAGCAUUGAAUGCCCGUUAGUCUCUUUAUAUCUCUCUGUUUUAAUCCUUAAUAUCCUUAACGUACCUGUUUUUAAAUGGCAUGAUCAUUAGUACAAUUUUAAUUGUGAUGUUAUUAAUAACCGUUUGUAAUUGAAUAGAAUAUAAUGCUCAUAAUGGCCUCCUAAAUUCAGCCAGCUAGUGUUGUUGCCUACUACUACUUGAGGACCAAUCAUGAUGAUGUAAUGAUGUAUCAUCAGUCCACAAACAGCCAAGUCAAACAUUUUCCUAUAAUAACAGGGCUCAAAGUCAAAUGCCAUGUUUGAUUUGAAUGUCCGUUCUGUAAAUUUGUAAUAUUGUGGUGUGGUUGGAGCCACAACUACAAUUGCUUCAACACCGAUGGAAACAAUACAAAGUGGAAGAAGCAUAAGUGUUGUUCGUCUGCUAUUAAGAGAAGGAUAAGUCCCAUUCUUCUCAUAAGUAAACCCAUCAAAUCAAAUAACAGUGACAGUUUACUUAUGCCAACUAACUGUAGACAGAGCUCAUUAUCUUUAGAAUAUCCAAAGCUCCAGCAUUAAUAAAAAUGACGUAUCAGUAGAAGCAGGUUCUAGGCCGUCGUCACCAUAACAAAACCUUGUUCACUGUAAAUGAUGCUCGUCCAUAAUACACAGAUGCAUCAGAGACAAAUCUAACUUGUACAUCUAUCAAUUUAUACUUCUUACUAAAGCUGGAUAUGUUUUGAUUACAGUAAAAAUGCUGACACUGCUUUAUUCUGAUAUGUUAGCACUGUUGUGAAUGGAGCCAUAAUAAUCAUCUCUAAAGGGUUUUGGGCACACUUUUGUUGUUAAUCUGGCUCAGGGUUUUGCAGUCUAAAUCAUUUCCCAUUAAAAAAAAAAAAAGCAAGUGCUCAUACUCAGGAACAGUGACCCCUACUAUGUGAUACCUCACCUUGUAAACUUUGGACCACCUGAAGCUCUUGUGUGUUCAGACUGAACAAAAAGCUAUUUUCUCCUCGUGUUGAGUUUGUUUUUUGAAGUAUUUUUUUUUUUUUGCAAACCGCAAAUGUACGGACUGUUAAGACAUAGCUGUAAUUAGCUAGCACUGUAGCAGCGCGUACUAGCAUGCUACAGCUAGCUGGAGUGUGAGAGGAGACCUCUACUUUUCUUCUUGGUUCCAUAUGUUGAUGAAAGCCUCGAGAUGAGCACAAAAAUAUGAAAUCUAAACAUCUUUAUACUUGUGUGGUCUUAAGCACAAGAAGGCACGUCAUCUUCAGUGAGUAAGGUGAACGUCGGCCCUUUAUCCCUCGUUUCAGCUAGUUUACUCGAUGGUUUCCUAGCAAUGCUCCCAGCUGUGCUUUAACGUUCCAAAAUGUUGUGGAUGGAGGCAUCAUAGGGGGCUUGUAUACAGUCUGUGCAUGUCUCCUGUGGAU